GAAAAAGGGAACCAGACUGGGAAAAAUGUAAAAGGCAAGGGCAAUCCCCGGAGGAUUUACCAAGGUUAAAAAAAAGUUUGACCAAUUGCAUGUUCUUCAUUAAAUAAAGGUUAAUGAGAACAAAGAAGUGGGGCAGAGGGGAAUAACCGGAACUCUUCAGCAUUAUCCAGGGAAUUUUCCCCCUGGUUUAGACACCCAGCUGGAAGGAGGAGACAACUCGUGGGAGAUUCCUCAACCAACCCUGCUGCAGAGCUGAGAAAAAGGGGAGCACUUUUGUGCAGGCGGCUUGACAGGGAUUUCUCCUUCUGGCGUGGCUGGUUUGAAGGGAAGACGCUGACAAGGGCCUGUGUGGAAGUUUCAAAGGGUUCUGUGUUUGGAAGAGGAGAAAACCUGACUCAAAGAUUGUGGUUGAAGGGGCAGCAGUAAACCUGCGAGUUACAGGCUGGGGAAGGUCCUUUUCUCUCUGCAUGAGACAGUCUAAUAUUUUUGGAAAGUUUACAUUGUGCCCCUCCUGUUAGUAACUGGGCACAAAGGAAUGCGUUGACUUAGCAUUCAGUUAUUUUCUCAAGUUAUAUUAGUACAAGAAAAAAGAUACUGGGACUUCUAAUGGAUUCUUGUGGAAAAGCGAAAAGGAAGAUAAUUGUCCCGCAAACAUUAUUCACCUAAGUGAAGCGACUCUUUCCUGGGCAUUUUUGCCAUGACUGUGCAGGGAACACUCCUCCUCCUGGGAUUACAAUGAGAUUGUGCAGAGCCCUUUAAAGCUGCAGUGGUUUGGGGGCUGUUUAGAUUUUUUUCCCCAUCGUCAUCUGGUGCUACUUUAAUAGAAACUCAGGAGCUAUUGUUGGCCUUGAAGUGGGCUCCUGGGAUCAGAAAGAGACGGUGUGGGCUCUCUCACACACCAGUCGUUUCCAUUGCUCCCUCUGCCACUGAUUUAGUUCAGGAGAGUGCCGGUAAGGAGAGGAAUACACCCACUCACCUAUAUUGCUCUUGGAAUAAGCAAGCAGCAGAGAGCACUCCAGUGGUGUGGCUUUUUUCUUCCCUUUUGCACCCAAAAAGAGAUUUGGAGUUGGUCUUCUUUCCUCCUAGUGGGAUGAAGAUGUGUGACUCUGGGGAAUGUGACAGUCGGGGGAAGCCUGCUCUGUCUUUUUCUAUUGAGGAGAUCUUAAAGAAACCCUCUGCUAGGACCUGCCUAAACAGUACACCAAGGACUAGCUGGAGCCAUGCCAAAGCAGCUCCAGCCAUGGGAUCAGAGCCACAGCUGGAACUUGCCCUGGAUUCCAGCAGCAUGUGGAAAUCAGACAAUGCCUUACCUUCAGCAAAGAUGCUUCGCUCAGCCUCACCCUCUGCACUUGUGGCCAAUGCCAGCGCAAUGUGGCCAGUUCACUGCAGAAGACCCACUGCCCUGGAUGCAAGCCCAACUGCCUUUCUCAGUGAGGAUGAGGUACAUGAGCACCUAGGAGGCAAGAGAAAACAUGAGGAAGAGGAAGCUCAGCUGUGUGAUUUCCCAGCAGACCAUCCACUCCAUGAUGAGAGGAAAGGGAAGCGGAGAAUCCGGACGACAUUCACAGCAGAGCAGCUCCAAGAGCUAGAGAAGAUUUUCCAGGUCACUCACUAUCCCGACAUUCACAUCCGCAACCAACUGGCAGCAAAGAUCAAUCUCCCCGAAGCCAGGGUCCAGAUCUGGUUCCAGAACCAGCGAGCAAAGUGGAGGAAACAUGAAAAAUUUGGCUAUUUUGGUGGCCUCCAGCAUCUGACCGAAGCCGAUUUCAUUCCAGCUCCAAAGUUGGAAAUCACAGGUUCCAGCCCGAUGCCCAGCAACGUCCGUGCUGCAGGCCCCCCCAUUGAGUAUUACUCACCAGCCCAAGCGUAUCUGACGUCAGCCUGGCUGCCCAACACAUUGCCUUUUGCUCCCACACACUUGGACCCCCUGCCCUUGCCUAAAUGUUAUCUGUUCUUUGACUACCUCCCUCCAUAUGGCAUCCCUCUGCCCCAGAAGACUGAAUGGAACAGUAUUUGUGCCAGUUCCACAUAAAAGAGGAUGAGGAGGAGCAGGAGUGGGAGACUCUGGGGGCAUCCUUUGGUCAUUUCUGACAGAUCAUGUUCAUGGGCAGGUGGGGUUCUCUUUGGAACAGGGCUGCUCAGCCUUUGGAUGGCGUGUGGUGCGAAGCCAGCUUGGCAUAGCAGUCAUAUUGUAGCAGAAAACCAAAGCCGGGCUAACACCAUAGAGUACCACUGAACCUUGGAAAGUGCUCUCUCAUCAUCCUUAAGAAGAGUGUACUUUGAAACAAUAUGACUUUCCAGAGGUCAUGUACCUAAUGGGAUAGUGCAUUAAGCAGUCCUGGUGAAGAGCUGAAACUUUCUUCAGCCCUCAGAAAACACCGAAUGAUCUUGUUGCAUGGAUGAUCUCAGGCAUUGAGAUUUUAGCAGGUUGAAUUCCUGUGCUGAGGCCCACUAGUGAUGGUCACUACAAAAACCCUGGCUAUUCCACUGACCAAAAUGGCUGACCCAAGCAGAUGUGGGUCUCUUUCCUUGCAAAUGUCAUAUUGGUCCUGUUUCUCUGGAUGGAAGAAGAUUUAGGUCAAAGAUCAACCUUAACUUGUUUUCUCUGGAAUGGGAGGGUUUGAUUUGCUUGUUGUAUUUUGACUUGAAUAAAA